UGUUGAAAACACUUCAAGCCUGCCUUCUUUCUCAGAGAGGAAGUAUGUGGCCUGUUUGACAAGUGCCGUUCUACAUGACGGGGUGAACUUCACAACACGCUCAUUCAACUGGCUGCUUCUCAACCUCAUCGGUUAGAUCCUGCUAGCGGCAUGAACACUGCAGCAUGACUUCUCCUUUUCUAAAACAUACUUCAAACUGGAGUACAAUGCUCUGCAUUUAAAGUUCUGAAGUACAUUGACAAAAAUAAAGAGAGCAAUGGGAAACACUAUGAAAACAACAAGAGCCCCUGAAGAAACAAGUGUGCCAAACCAAGCCGGUCAGGAGAGCGACUUCCUUGCUGUCCUUUAUGAUUAUCCCUCUCCGGAUAUUGGCGAGCCAAUAUUUCAAGUAGGGGAGAAAUUACGUGUGUUAUCAGAUGAAGGAGGCUGGUGGAGAGUCCAUUCUCUCACAACAGGUCGAGAAAACUAUAUUCCCGGGAAACACGUAGCAAAGGUUUACCACGGCUGGUUAUUUGAAGGGCUUGGAAGAGAGAAAGCAGAGGAACUCCUACAACUUCCCAACACCAAGUUCGGGUCUUUCAUGAUCAGGGAGAGUGAAACUCGGAAAGGAUUAUAUUCCCUGUCAAUCCGACACGUGCAAGUGAAACAUUACAGAAUAUUCCGCAUGCCAAACAACUGGUAUUACAUCUCUCCACGGCAAACCUUUCAGUGCCUUGAGGACCUUGUGAAUCACUAUUCAGAGGUGGCCGAUGGGCUUUGCUGCAUCCUUACCACACCCUGCCUCACACAGUGCGCGAACAACAGCGGCGCGAGGACCCAGGCAGAUCCUGUGAUCAUGCGGAACAAAAACUUCAGCUGGAGGAACGUGCACAGGCUACAGAUGAAUAAUGAAGAAAGUGAAAGCACUCUGGAGAUGGACGAUUCCUGCCUCAGCUUCGGCCUCAGGGAAAGCAUUGCCUCUUAUCUGUCCCUAGCAGGAGAAGACAACUCCUCUUUCAGAGACAACAGAAAGAAGAAAACCCAGUCUCUCAUAUACACAGGGAACAAACGCAAAAAUAACUUCCACUUCCCAGCUCUGUUUUAUGACGACUGAACCUGAGACUGAAUCAGUCCACAAAAAAAGAACUGAGAUGUUAAACCAGGCCAAGAUGUUUGCACAGCCCAGCUCCCUUCCACAGCUCACAGAUGUGAGCAAACUGCCUGGUGAUCAAAGGGGACAUUUCAAGGGAAGCAACGCUAACUUCAUAAUGCUGGGUUUGGUUUUGCACGAUCUGUGUUUUGAAUGUUAACCAGAGACCUUGUACAAGGCACCAGCUCAGCCACUGCAUGUGUACAUACUAAGGGAUGCACCUUCGAUCAUAAUCUGCUCACAAAGAAAUUGAAGUGGAGACAGAGACUCUACAUAAACUUUAAAAAUGACUACGUGAACAGAUGACUCUAAUAAAAGUGAAAUCCGUCACUGUACCAAGGUUCAGCACAAGGUUUGGUGCUACUUAUAGACCCAUUUGCAUCCUCCGAGUAGGCCUUGUACUGGCACCAUUCACAGAAGCAAACAGUGCCUAGCAUGGUUACACACCAAAAUGGUUCUUCUUGAUUAUGUAGGUCGGCUGUAUCUGGCCCACCGGCACGAAGCAAGGAUGGGACAUGCAAUUCAGCACCUUUCCUGCCUUUCUGGAAGAUUGAUGGCAAUAAGAAAACUGGAUACAAAGUUACUUCUAUUUCCACCUUCAUGGCAUCAGAAGUCCGGGACUUAAGAAAUUAAAAGCCUGCUGGUGUUUAGCUUCCUCUCAAAAUCUCUUGGUCUCCCUGAUUCUGAACUUCACUAAUGCAAAUUUCUCCUUCUUUGGGGAGAGGGGAGAAUUAGAAACUGUUUUCUGGUAGUUUUUAACCCAGCUGCUGACAAUACCAAUACAUCACAAAGGAAUCACAAGCUUGAGUCUAAAUUUGGGAGUUUCUUCUGAGUGAGUUAAUUGGCUUCAAGGUGGAUCCACAGGUGUAACAGAGUAGAGUUCAGCUGCUCAGGAUAAAUGUACCUACUAGGAAGGUAACAUUUUUUAAUUGAAAUAUAAAGUAUGGUCAGAUUAAGGCUUACCUACUGCAGUAGGCAUCAAGUUGUAUAGGUAUUCAGAUCUUAACCUAUUCCCUCGAAAGCUGCAAAUAUUUAUGCAUUGUAUUUAUAGUUUUUUUAGCAUGUAGAUCUAUCUGUUGCAACAUGUUCAAAGCAGACUUUUCUGACCUUCUUGUCUAAAAAAGAUGCAUAAAAUAGCAAAGAGCUAUGUAAACCCAUCCUAGUAACUUGCAGACUGGGCCAUCUUAUCUUUCACGGAUAAGACUAUCUCCUAUGUCUUUAAAACAUGCAUUUUUUUUUAAUGUUUAUAAAUGAGAUGACAAUUGAGUCCUUCCAGUCUGCUUUGCUACUCCCUUCUGCUCUAAGCAGUCCUUCACAUCCAAAGAUGCAAAAUGAUAUCAAGAAUGAUUCAUUUUGCUUUGGUAGUGUUUUAUAUCUGCUUUGCAUGGGUCUCGGUGACCACCUGAGCUAAAGCAGUAGAGAUCAGCUCCUUUUCAUAUAUCUUCUGUACAUGCCUCCUAGCACAAAUCUGGCUAUGCCUGUCAUUAGGUCUUGCAGAAUAUCAGCUACACUAGUGCUAAAAGUUCACCGUGACUCAUGCAAACAGUUCGUAGCUUGUUUUAGCACAUUAGGGAACAUUAACAUAUGAAUGUAAUUUACUUACAAACAUUGACCAUCACAGAAGGGAAGGAACUUAGGAACUCUAGUUGUUUGUACAGUUUAAUAUAUUACUACUGUUCAGUGUUAAUGUUAUUAAGGUGUCCAAGUCUUAAUCAAAGAAAUAUAUAUGUAAAGCAUUACAAUUUUCUAAAUGAUGUCUUUGUUUUUUUUCAUUAUAAUCAGCCUUUUGGCUAAAUUCAGGUGCAGAGCUAAAUUUUACAUGAACUUGGUAGGGUCUUUGCUAAGCAGAGGGGUUAAGAUACAGGUAUUAUAAUGCUCAGUCUCAGGAUCAGACUACUAGAACCUACAAAAUCUCAUCAUACGACUAUCAUUUGAGAAAGAAAGGAGAAAAAUCCUAACAAGAUCAUAUUGACAGCAUUUUAGUAUUUACUCUGCAGCUUGAGCACCACUCUCAUUCUGAUCAGAGAGACUAAUGACAUUUUUAAUUAAGACUUGUUGGCUUGGGCCAUCACUUAGGACCACUGCCCUACCGAUCAGAGUUUUGUAUCAAGGACUGAGGUUAACAACUAAGGUUUCAGCUAGGCCUUACCUACAUUUUUCAGAAGCAUGCAAGACCUAUUUUCAAAAAGAAGCCUCCACUUUUAAGGUGCCUAGAAAGUCAAUGACCCCUAAUCUACGCCAUAGCUGCACUGUUUUAAUGAAAGAUUGGGUAUUAACCAAUUUAGUUAGACCAGCACCAAAUUCUAUAUAGAUGCUCUUAAUUUGGUUCAAGUCAGAUCACUGCAAUUUAGUUUAACUCUAUUCCUUACCAUGUUAGUCUCGAUUGAUAUAAACGAGGUUCAAAUACAACGUGUCCACACAGAUUUUUGCGCCGGCUUAAGUCAGUCAAAUUCCAAAGCAAUUUCAAGUUAAAUAUCUUACAGAGUAGAUAUACAUACGUGAACUUUUUUCUUGGGUACAGCUUUCAUGACUGAAAAAGCUUUAGGAAAUUAACACUUCUCCAUUUAUCAGGAUGUAAAAGUGUAAUUUAGCGCUUAACAAAGACCCAAAAUGAGGCAUACAAAACUGAUGCAUAAUGAAAAAUUAAAUUACUUGAAGCGACUUAGUCUUUACAUCUG